GUCUUCGGGGAGAAGAGAACUUGGAUGUAGAGUUGAUUACAUCCCCCCCACUUUUCAGGAGCUUAGACCACUUGGGCUGAAGCAGAAAUGGCCAGAAUCAAGCUGUCUUUGCUGUUUGCUGGCGUUGUGCUUGCUGUCAUCUUAAUGCCAGAUUUUCUUGUGGCUGGUCCAGUGGGGCACCCAGAAAAAGAAGACGUAACUGAGUUUGCUGAAGAGAAGCCAUUAGCCCUGAAGAAGCUGACACGCAAUAAGAGGAAUGCUGUUGCUUACUACAGACAGUUGCCGGAAUUCUGGGCCUGGUACAAGUACUACAUGGACACCCACAACCAGGAGGGAAUUGAGAGUUUGGACCAGCUCUAUUUGAUCUACCUGCAGCAAAAACACAGGGUUGAGGGGGACAAUUCCUAUGGACAUUACCUCACCCACCUGAGUGAGGUCUACAAGGCCUGUGCUAAGUCAGAUGACCCUGAUUGUAUUCCAGAAUAUACCAGUAAGCCCACAGCUAAGGUUGUUAUGCCUGCUGCCUUGAAGCAAGCUGCGGUAAAUGUGUGUAACCCAUAUCUCGAUCCGUACUGUAUCUUUCGUGUUGGUCCUCAAACAGCUUCUGAGGUGCCUCCUCCUGCUCCUCUUUCAGUUAAAUCUCCCAGUCCCAUUCUGUACCCCUCGCCCAUAAAAACUCCUUCGGGAUACCAUUUCUAUGCCCCAGCAAUGAAACCUUUUCUCUCAAAUGAACAGAGAGCUGAGCUGCUCCGGAUCUGCAGCCCAUCUGAUACAGAGUGCUUGCAGUAUCACUUGCGUGCUGCCUAUGGUUAUAGGCCUGCUCUUACCUCAGUGCCUUCCUAUGCUUACCUAGGAUGUGACCCCUCUAAAGAUCCUUACUGCAGGCCCACAUUGAUAGCCAAUACUCCAUCAGGUCUGCAUCAUAUAUACCCUCAUUGCAACCCUGCUGUUGACCCUCUCUGUGUCAGUAAUAUAGCACCAGCUGCCCAAAGUGCAGAGGAGGCUCCUAAGGAGCAGUACUGCAACCCACUGUUUGAACCGGGGUGCAACCCACUCUCUGCUAAUAGGCUGGUCACAGUUAAGGCUCCAGUGCUGCAGUAUGUGCCACAAGGAGAGCUGACACCCCUUCACCUAUCUGCCCUCAUGAAACCAGUACUGAUUAACCCACAAGCCCCUCCAGCUUCCCUGGAAGCAGCCAAGAAUGUGCAGGAUGGCAUCAUCUUACCACAUCCUGACUGUGAUCCUGAGAUUGACUACAAUUGCCGAUUGCGUCGUGCAGAACCCAAAGACAACGAAAAGACAGCCAAGGAACCUAAGGACGAGCUGGAAAGUGGUGAUGAAGCCAGCAAAGCCAAUGUAGCACCACAGUACACGGUCCCACGAUUCGAAGAUUUCCUGAGGGGAUACCUGGGUCACUAUAAGAAAUAAGAGGACAUACCAUUAUCUGAAAAGCUUUAAACACUCAACCAAGUUGUAGUGUUUCAAAAGGAACUCACAAAAAUGUUAAAGUGUUCAGCUCAAGAGAGACCUCAUGGUAAUGAAGCCAGAACUCUUCAGAACAGGUGAAGAGGCCUGUGCUUUACAGGAAUAAUUUCAAUAGUCAAUACUGAAUUUAUUUGUAUUGAAAAAUUGGCAAUACAGAUUGUUUUUCUCAUCAGACACCUAUUUACCUGUUUUGUACAUUGCAAUUUGAUGUCUAGGUUAUGGAGUUCAAUUUAUUCCUUUAAAAGUACAAUACAGCAAUCAUGUAUGAAUUGUGAAUGACAUUACAGCCCUUGGAAAAUGUUCAGUUUCUUUUUUUUUAUAUCUUUUUAUAACUUUCUGCAUGAAUAAAAAAAACAAUUAUUAAGUCAAAAUAGUGUGGUUGCAGAUAAACUUGAUUUCAGUUGUGUAUUAAUGACUUACAAUCAAAAAUAUACUAAUGUCAUCUGUAACACAUGAUUUCGAACAAUUUCAUUCUAAAAUAAA